UUAUGUUGGGCAAGAAGAACAGUCCGCUACGAUUACAAUUUCGGGAAUGUAUUCCCAAUUAGCGAUCAAUUUCAGUUUAGGUUUUGGAACUCUAGUAAUAUUUGGAAUUCUUAGACCUAGGAAUGGGAUCGUAUAUGCGCCAAAACAAAAAUAUUCUCCAGAAAAAAAACAACCACCAAAACUUGAAUCAGGCCUCUUCUCUUGGAUUAAACCAGUAAUAAGUGUAUCAGAAUCACAAUUAAUAGAAAAAAUUGUACCAUUAAAUAUUUAUGGUACAUAUCGUGAUUCGGAUAACAAAUUUCCAGAGUCUGAUAAUCCUCUUCAAUUCCUCAGUGUUUCCUAUCUAAACAAUAUACAAUGGUUUUGGAUUCAUGCUGCUUUCACUUGGAUAUUCUCAAUCCUUAUAUAUCGGCUCGUUCAUAAACAAUAUAAAGAUUAUGCUGAGCUAAAGAUGAAUUACUUUGAAUCUGAUGAAUAUCAAACUUCUUUACAUGCAAGGACAUUAUUGGUCACCAAUGUUCCACACUCGAUGCAGUCUGAUCAAGGUUUACUAAAACUUUUGGAUUCUUUCAAUGUCAAAUAUCCUAUUUCUCAAGCACAUAUAUCUAGAAAAGUAGGGAAAUUACCUGAAUUACUCAAGAAACAUGAUGAUUCUGUUCGGAAAUUGGAGUCAGUUUUAGUAAAAUAUCUAAGUGAUCCGGAUAACAUUCCAGAAGAACGACCGCGUCAUCGCAUUGAAGGUUUAUACGGUCCUUCUAUUGAUAGUAUUGAAUAUUAUACUCAAGAGAUUCAGUCCCUUGAAAGUCAAAUCUUGGAGUGUCGUAAUGCUAUAUCGGAUAAAAAACCAUUGAAUUAUGGUUUUGUUUCUUUUAUCAACAUUACUGAUGCUCAUAAGGUUGCCAAAGAAUUGAGAGAUAAAUCAAUUAUUCAACGAACUCAACAUGUUGUUACUCCAAAAGUAGUACUUGCUCCAUUACCAAAAGAUAUUAUAUGGGGUAAUUUAUCAAUGUCUGAUGCUAUUAGAGGUCCAAAGACACUUAUCGGUCAUGCUCUUUUCAUUGCGUUAUGUUUUUUCUGGCUUGUUCCUAUAACUUUUAUAACUACUUUUGCUCAAGUUAAAAACAUUGAAUAUCUUCUUCCUUUUACAAAGGGUUUGAGUAAAAAUAAAUUUGUUUCCGGUAUCUUGGAAGCUUUGAUGAGCCCACUUAUAAUGGCUAUAUUUUUCCUUAUAUUGCCAUCUAUUCUUCGUCAACUUGCUAAACAACAAGGGAAGAUAUCAAAAUCUUCACUUGAUCGAUCUACACUUGGAAAAUUGUAUUUGUUCUUUAUUAUAAAUAGUAUCAUUAUUUAUACUAGUGCCUCAACACUCGUUGGUGUAUGGACAAAAAUCCGAAUAAAGAUUGAUGAAGGGGAUGCACAUUUGAGAGAUAUUUAUAAUGUCAUCAAACAAUCUAAUCUCCUCGACGAAAUUGCGGAUUCAAUGAUUAAGGUUUCCACUUUUUGGAUCAAUUACAUUUCUUUACGUGGUGUUGGAGCUGUAUUUGACUUGGCACAAGUUGCUUCUUUGUUGAUGAAGUUUAUAAAAAGAAGAUUUGUUAAGCCUACUCCUCGAAAUCUUAAAGAAUUCUCGCGUCCUCCAGACUUUGAUUAUCCU